GUAAGGCCACGUAAACUGGAAACCUGAAUGUUAUGAACAGGAACAAUCCUUUAGACUUAUUCACAAAGCUACAUCUACUCCAGUCAAUGUUGACUUUUUUCUAAUCAUAAGAAGAGAAAGAGCAAAGUCAACACAUGCUGAGCUAUGGUUUCCUCUGAAGAGCAGCUCCAGUGUUCUAUCUGUCUGGAUGUGUUUGCUGAGCCAGUCACCACUCCCUGUGGACACAACUUCUGCAAGGCCUGUAUCAGAGGAUACCUGGAUAGCACUGACGUGUGCAAGUGUCCCACAUGUAAAAAUACAGUUUAUAAGAGACCAGAUCCCUUUUUCAAUACUUUCACUUCUGUGAAGGCUGCUCAAGUCAAGGAGUUAGCUCCAGUUCAUGUCACACUCAUCACCCCAGGACAAGCCCAAACCACAACCCUCAACAAAUCUGGAGAAGUACCAUGUGACAUCUGCACUGAGACAAAGCACAUUGCCCUGAAGUCCUGUCUGAUGUGUCUGACCUCUUAUUGUGAGGCUCACCUGGAGCAUCAUCGGAUAGUGGCGUCUUUAAAGAAGUACAAGCUGAUUGACCCUGUGGAGAACCUGGAAGACAGGGUGUGUAAGAAGCAUGAGAGACCCCUGGAGCUGUUCUGUAAGAGAGACCAAGCAUGUGUGUGUCAGUUCUGCACCGAGACAGACCACAAGACUCAUAAGACUGUCCCCAUAGAGGAAGAGUAUGGAGAGAGGAAAGCUCAGAUGGGGAAAAGUAAGGAUACAUUUCAGAAGAUGAUCCAGGAGAGACUGAAGAAGGUUAAGGAGAUUGAACAGGCAGUAGAGCUCAGCAAGAGAGACGCAGAGAGAGAGAUAGCAGACAGUUUGCAGGUCUUCGCUGCUCUGGUUCGUUCCAUUGAGAGAAACCAGGCUGAGCUCAUUGAGGUGGUUGAGAAGAAGCAGACAGCAGCCGAGAGACAGGCUGAAAGGCUCAUUGAAGAGCUGGAGCAAGAAAUCACUGAAGUAAAGAGCAGAAGCACUGAGCUGGAGCAGCUCUCAGAUAUUAAGGACCCCCUCCUUCAGAGCUCCACAUCCCUCUAUACCACCCUUCCACCUACCAAGAACUGGUCUGGUGUUCACAGCAAUCUGUGUGUUGGGACUGUGAGGAGAGCUGUGUCUCAACUGGAGGAGACACUCAAUAAAGAGAUGGAGAUGUUUCCUCAAAUCAAGCUGAAGAGGAUGCAGCAGUGUGCAGUGGAUGUGACGCUGGACCCAAACACAGCAUGUCCUUCACUUAUCCUGUCUGACGACCGGAAAGAAGUGAGAUAUGGAGCCAUAAAGCAGGAACUCCCUGACAACCCAGAGAGGUUUGAUUGUCAUCCCCGUGUGUUAGGAAUGGAGGGGUUCUCUUCAGGGAAAUUCUACUAUGAGGUACAGGUGAAGGAGAAGACUUGGUGGGCCUUAGGAGUGGCUAGAGAGUCCAUCAACAGGAAGGGGAUGAAUGUUCUGAGUCCUGAAUUUGGAGCCUGGACUAUAGAGCUGAGGAAUAGGAAUGAGUAUGGAGCUCGCACUGAGCUUGUAGUUCCCCUCACCAUGAGAGAGAAGCCCCAGAAAGUGGGCGUGUUUGUAGAUUAUAAGAAGGGUCAGGUCUCCUUUUACGAUGUGGAGACCAGGUCUCAUAUCUACUCUUUCACGGACUGCACCUUCACUGAGAGACUCUACCCACUGUUGUCUUCACCUGAUCCUUCUGGUGAUAACUCAGCUCCACUUAUCUUCUCUCCCGUCAUGUCUGAGUUUAGUCAAUAGGAAAUUCAGUCACAGGAAAGCGCAGCGAUGUGCCCUAAUGAAAGUGUUUAUAGAUUGUUAUCUAUGGUCAGAUUGUGUAAUUAAGCAGUAAGGCCCGAGGUGUGGUUUAUUGGACAAUAUUUUUUUCUUAUUUACAAUGAUGACCUGUCAAACACUUACAGUAUGUAUAGUGUAACUAUAUACACAUC